UUCCCGCCGGAUAUUAUUCGGAUUUUAGAACGCCGUCGUAUAAUCAACAAAUUACAAAUACAAUGUUCAAUGGCCUUUUUCCCAGGUCAUGGAAUCGACCGGGUGGACACAGCAGCUGCUGUGAACUUAUACUGAUUCAACUAGGUGUUGCGACAGUUGAGGAGACGGAGGAACAACUCAUAUACAACCAGCAAGACCAGAAAAUUCAUACGACUAUCGGUGAUAACGUGCCGGCAGGGACAACUACGUCAGCAGUUCCACAGCCGGUGUUACAGGAGACGAUUAUCAUUGACGGACAUGAAAGUCAACGGUUUGCAGGCUCUUCUGUAUCUGCAAAUCAGGUGAUAGCGGAAGCCAGUACCAACAUCAGUAUGAACGUACUAACGCCGUUUAACGAACGAUUGUCCCGGGUGCCAUCGUCUUCCUCAUCAAAUGAUGCGCUGGACACCAUUAAUCAUUAAACUACACAGUGUAGCUAUGGUGCUACACUCAUUCAAACUUGGCUGUAAUCAAUCUGCACUGACUGUAGAAUGAAUAUUGAAUUUAUUGAAAGUGGCUGUACCGUUCAAUCGUUGAGAAUGGAAUGGCGUUUGGAAUCGAUAAAAAUGAAAUUUCUUCGAUUUUUUUCGUUUG